CCUGCCUGCUCUGGGCAACCUCGAAGUAAGCGCGUUCCCUUCUAGUGCUAGUCUGGCGAAGGCGAUCCUCUACAAGUCACGGCCAUCCAAGACAGACCCUGCUGUCCCAUCUCGAGGCCCCCGUCGAUCCUCUUCUCAUGCCCUCUCCCUCCUCCUAAACCCAUCUAGCCCUUCUCCAUACCACUCGCUCAACGCUAACUCCUCCUCUUCUUCUUCUUGGGUACUCGACUCAACUCCCCUCCCCUCCCCCAUCCCUCCUCACUCUCCAUUAUUCCUGGCCGAAAAUGACAUGAUCGUUGGGAACCCUCUCUCUCCAAUUCCUCUUCCUGUUCCCCUUCGUCCCCUCUUUGUCCGUGAUCCGUUAUCUAGAAAUCAGGUUAGGUUGCCUCGAUAGUUGUGCUUGCGAGCUCGUCCUCUCUCUCUGUUUCCUACGCUUUCGUCUUUCCUAAUUCGCUACUACCACUUGAGCCAGGUCGAACUUCGCCCAUGCUUGGUCGAUGAGACCCUAAUCCAGAUUUAGGAAGGCCAACCACACGCCCCCCCUGGCCCAGAUCCCACGGUGGAAAUAAGCCCUCCUUCGGCCUCGACCAUCUGCUGCGCGGAUGCCCCAGGUUGGCGUAGGAAGCCCAACUUUUCAGCCGCGUGCCGUCGUAGCCAAAGCUCUACUUUACCACAUAUACAACACGCAAUCAUCCUCACCCCGUGCUCACGAGCGCGCACGCCGCCCGAAUAUCCACGAGAAGCAUCAGCAUGUCUACCAUCAUGAGCAAGCGCCAGCAGGCGCGCAACGAGAAGGUCUUGCAAGACUUGGUGCAAAAUGUCCCCGGAAACAAUUUUUGUGCCGAUUGUCAAGCUAGAAACCCUUCUUGGGCAUCGUGGAGUUUGGGCGUCUUUUUAUGCAUGCGAUGCGCUGCGAUCCAUCGUAAAUUGGGCACGCACAUUUCCAAGGUCAAGUCGUUGAGUAUGGACAGCUGGUCCAAUGAACAGGUCGAGAAUAUGAAGCGGGUGGGAAAUGCCACGUCCAACAAGAUUCACAACCCCCAGAACAAGAAACCUCCGGUCCCCAUCGACGUCGACGAAGCAGACUCCGCCAUGGAACGGUUCAUAAGGUCGAAAUACAUGCAAGCAGCUGUCAAUGGCUCCAAGAAGCACAACACCGGAAGCUCCGACGAAGGUACCCCACCGCCGCUACCACCCAAGACCGGCGGCCGUUUCUUUUCCUUCCGGUCAAAGAAGGAUUCACGUGAGUCGCGUUCACGGGAUAGCGCUGUCAGCUCGCAGGAGCCUCAGUCUCCGCGCAGUCCCGGGUUCCUGCGGAACAAGCAGCCCAGCGUCUUCGGAGCGAGUGUGCACCAUGACACACCCGAGGCCACGGCGCAGAAAUUGUCGCAGCUUAGAGACAUGGGCUUUGUGGACGACAAGCGCAACGCCAUGAUUUUAAAAGGUGUCAACGGAAACCUAGAAAAGACGAUCGAAGCGUUGGUUCGCCUAGGAGAGGGUGGAGGGGGGUCGUUGCCGUUACCCUCUCCAAUUCCACGUGAAAAUGCUCACAGUACCCGACCUACCUCGAGGUCCCUGACGCCGCAGCCUGUUUCGCCGAGACCUGCCAUCGGCCUGUCCAAGUCCAGCCCGCCAGCCGCACCCAGUCCGGCAACCCCUUCCAAUAACCCUUGGGACAUACCCGCUGCCCAGCCACAGUCCACGCAGUCAACGGGAACCCUACAGAACAAGAACCCUUUCUAUGCGGCAAACCCGUUCGAUAUACCCAAGCAGCAACCCGAGUUUAAUCUAAACCAGAGCCUGCAGAAUCUCUCCCUCACGCCAGCAGCUCAGCAGCCGCUGUUCCCGAACCACACAGGGGGGCUACCAGCCCAGCCGAUAUCACAGAGUUUCUAUCCGCCGUCGAUGGCCCCGCCGAUCCCCCAGUCGCAGAGUUUCCCACUCCUUUCCUUCAAUAGUAAUCAGACAUACCCUCAACCUGCGCCACAGCCAUCGCAAAGCUACCACAACCCAUUCUUGCAAGCCCCUGCAGCCGCCCACGCACCCAUUUCCUUGAAUACCGCCUCCCAGUCGCCAUUUCAGAAUCAAGGAUCUGUCGGUAGCAACCCGUUCACGAGAUCGCCAACCAGGAUCACAUCGCCCACAACCUUGAAUCAGAUCCCCGAAUCGUCGCAACAGAACUUCUACGGCUCGUCCCAAACCCCGUACGCGAGCAACCCCUUCCUCACGAUAAAUCAGACCGCACAACCCGUACAGACCCCCAACUUCAUUUCACCUCCUCAACCGAUCCAGCCAACCCAACCCAUCCAGCAGGUGUGGUACGAUGCCCAACCCCUCGUACAAGCAGCGUACCAGCCGGCGUACCAGCCUCCACCGCAACGACCCGAUACCGCAUCCAUCAUGGCCCUGUACAACUACCCCCAACUAGCGCCCGCCCGUCCGCAAGGCCACAUUCAGAACGGCGGGGCGGAACUAAACCAGCCGGCACCUCCGCCACGGCCAGCCGCCUCUCCGAUGCCUGUUUCAGGGAGCAAGAAUCCCUUCAUAGGCGGCGCCAUGGGCGCGAUCGCCUCCCCGAUCCCCGGUCCAAGCUCAGUCGCGAGCAGCGUCGGUCCCACGUUUGGCAGCGCUAGGAGCCGCGAGAGCAUGACGCUCGGCAUGGAGAUGGCGUGGAGCAACGGUCGGCACAGUCCCGACGCGUUCGCCAGUCUGAGCGCGAGGAGCGGUUAGGAGAGGAUGAGAGGAUGGGUUGGUUGGAUCUGAAGGUGGUAGGUGUAGGCGUACAUGUGUAAGAGAUGCGGGAGGGCAGUAAAUACAGAGGCCAAGAUGUGGAUGAGAAGAGAAUGAGGGUGUAAGUGUGUUGAGGGUGAUGUAUAUAAAUAGACAAAAACCACACAUAUAAGAGGUAAUCGCCGUUACUUUGGGUAGUAAGUAGUGUACUGUAAUAAUGAUAUCGGCACGAAGGGGAAGGAAGAAAGCCUGGUUUUAAAGCCUAUGUUUUUCGGUCUCGUUGGGGGUGCAGUGCAUUUUCGUUGGUACGUGUGAUAGGACGACAAAUCGACGAUAAGCCCUCAUCGCGAUUGAAAGCGGAGUGUAUUCAGUCUAUAAGUGUGGGACGAAAACGGGAGACCAAGACGGUGCAGAUGCAUGCAGGUAGCAGACGGUAGAUGGCACGCACGUCCAGGCAGACACUUUAUAAGGGUACGUGCUCCCUCCGGCUUUCUUCUCGUACAUCAUCUGCUGACAACGACCCGUUGACUCCUCUCCCCGCCCACCCGUCUAGCCGUCCAUCUCAUCUAUGCACCUCGGUGAGACUCAGCUCCUCCCACGGGACGCCCUCUUCCUCCUCUCCGCUGUCGCCGCCGCCCUCGUACCGCGCGACCCGGGCCCAGGCGCGGAUCAGCGCGCGCCAGUAGCAGGCCUCGGCGGCGGGCGAGAGGUAGCCG